UAGCCUUUUGAAAUGCUGCUUAUCGUGCAUCGUUCUUAAGAGGACACGGGACCGAGUGGAGGAGGUAGAGUACCGACAUCUUCUCCCGAGUUCAAGCAUCACCUUCCACUCCUGUCGAUAUGGUCCAGCUACCCAUUACCCCAGGCUCCGUCACUCUUACGGACGCUGAGCGCGAGAGCGGCAAAUGGACCCCAGCGAACCUGCAGCGCGCACUUGAGCUCCUGCACCGCGAUGGUGUACUCGUCUUGAACAACAUCGUCCCCAUCUCCGACCUCGAGAAGCUACGCGACUCCAUGCUGCCCACCGCGCACAAGAUCAAGAGCCAGAAGCUUGAUCUCACGCAGUUUAACCACGGCGUUGCAUCCAAUUUCCUUCAAUCACCACCCCUCUCCGACCCCGCCCUCCAGCUGCCCUCUGUCUACACCAAUCCCUUCGUCGUUUCCAUGGCCGAGCACUACCUCGGGCCGAACCUCCAACUCCCUUUCAUCACUGCCAACGUUGCCUGCGCGCAGACGACCGAGCGCCAGCCCGUGCAUAAGGACGCUUCCUACCGCCACCCCGAGGCGCGCUGGGGAAUGGUCGCGAACUUCCUCUUGUCAGACUUCGUCCCCGCCAACGGCUCCACCGAAUUCUGGCUCGGCACGCACGUCAACACCGGGCAGCGCGACCAGAUGUGGGCAUCCCUCGACGCCGACGCGCCCACCUGCGACAUCAUCCCCGCGCGGCUCGAGGAGCGUCGUGCCGUGCGCCCGCCCUCGCAGGUGGACGUCAAGUUCGGGAGCGUCGUGCUCAGGGAUAUGUGCGUGUGGCACGCGGGGAUGCCGAAUCCGAGCACGGAGGACAGGAUCAUGAUCGCGGUGUCGUAUUUCCCGAGUUGGUUCCCGGUGGGGCAGGGGUUCAAGGCCCCCGCCUCCAUCAAGCCCCUCUUCACCUCCCUCUCGCCGCGCGUCUCCGUGCUCGCCACCUACGUCCCCGACGAUGAGUGGGAUGCCGAAUUCCUCAGCGCGCCCAUGAAGAUCGCGUAUGCGCCGCCGAGGGGGUUGCAGUGGAAGACGAUCGGGGACAUCCCGAACGAGGAGAAGGUGCUAAACCCGCGGUUCCAGGGGAAUCAUGGGGUGAAGUACUAGGCUAAUGGCUCUAUGCCCGGGAGGCAGUGGUACGAGUGAGGCGGAUGGACUGAGAGAUCCUUUACUUCGACCAGACCGGGCUUACACUCAGAAUGAAAAUAAGACCGUGCGGGUCAAUAACAUUGGAC